AUGGCUGGACGAGGAGGGGUAGUUGACAAAGUUUGGGAUGGCUAUGUACCACCGGAAUGUCGCCGGAAUCCGGCGAUCCUCCGGCUGAACGGAAACUCAAUAUGGGAAGUAGCCCAAGAGCCUCUACAUUAUGACAUUGACUUGAACAAAACUUGUGGGAUAGGACCAACCAUGGUGUUUGCCAACGAUAUCUUGGAGAAGGACCCAGAAUUCGGGAUCAUAGGGUUAGUCCCUUGCGCGGCUGGAGGGACGAGCAUCGAUAAAUGGUCACAGGGUUCCAG